GCUGAAUACUUCGAUGCUAGCCCCCUCUGCGCUUCCCCACCCGCGAAGGCCUGAACCGGAUCGCGGAUACCUGAACAGGCUUCCAACUGGUCGGCAACAUAGCGAAGGCUCCAACCCGUCCAUUUAUGGCCAUGACAUUCCACCGAUGACAUGCCUUCGCCUCGUGGCUGGGGCGCGGGCUAUGUGUGUUAUCUUCUUCCAGCGGUCAUGUUCUCCUUGCUCGACAUGCGCUCUUCGCCGCUGAACAUGCUCCCGUCACCACUAUGUUGGCGGCGCUCGACUAUGAUCGUCGUCCUCACGCUACUGCUCGCCCUCGGCACCCGUGCCGCGCCCGCGGGGGAGCCUGAUCGCGAUCGGCGCGGGGUGACGCUGCGAGCCGAUCUGCAUCCGGGGCUGCUCGCGUUUGGUCCCGCGGCGGCGGUCGUGCUCGCGAGGGAGGGGGAGGGGGAGGGGCUGGCGGGGGUGCCGUUGGUGGGGAGGAGGAAUCCGGUACGAGGGAGGACGAACACGAAGGACGAGCUGAGGGGGAAUGGAGAGCUUGAGGGGAGACAACGCGAACCCGUCAGCGUCAACAUCGUCGACGAACGACAGAUCCAGGAUCCUUCUUCCGAUAAUGAGGCGCCGAAGGACGAUGGGCAAGCGGGCGAUGCGCCCAGAGACGAUGAUGCACCCAGAGACGACGACGCGCCCGAAGACGACCUCAUCCAGCCAAAGGCGCACCCCGGUCGGCGAGGGAUCGUGGGCAUUGUGUUCCUCAGUCUAACCCUCCUCCUCACCCUCUUCCUCGCCGCCUACCCGCCCGCCCGGCGGCGGACGGCGGUAUACGCGCAGAAGACCGCAGCCCACGCUCGCAUCAUCGCCUCCCACGUCCACCUCCCCUCUAUGAUAUCGCGCAUGCACCUCCCCGCCGCCCUCGCCUCCCUCACCCACCCCUCCUACCACCGCAUCGGCGAGAAAGUCGGCAGCCUUUUCCCCGCCAAGCCUUUCGGUACCAUCAAGCCCUUCGGCACCGUCAAGCCCUUCGGUACGCUCUCCCGGACGUCGGGAAGCAAGCUCGCGCGGACGGCCGAGUCGAAGCUCGUCCGCUGGGCGGAGGAGGACAUGGGGUUAGACGCCGCGGACAGCCAUCUCGCCCUCGACGACCUGGAGAAUGAUCAUUUCUUGAAUGAAGACGUCGCCGCCUCCGAUGGCGCCCUCUUCGCCGCCUCCGAUGGAGCCCUCUUCGCCGCCGACGAAGACCUCGAACUCGCCGACGGCGAGUACAUCCCCCUGCGCGCCGCCAAAGGUCGCGCGAGGGUGUAUGGCACGGUCGGCGCGAGGGUGUAUGGCACGGUUGGCGAGGGCGAGCGGAAGGCGGCGGGGAGGCGGUGGUGGUGGUAGAGGAGAUGGGUGGGGUAGAUGUGAGGGGUGGAGGUCGAGAGGGCAUGGUGGUGGAGGUAGAGGAGGUGGUGGUGGUGGUAAAGGAGAUGAGCGGAUGCGCGAAUGCACCGAUCCCUGCGCAUAUAUGCGUGGUGGGUUGUAUCGCGAAGUGGGAUGCAUGCGCAUAUAUGCAAGUGCGGACGCAUAUACUCAACUCGCGAGCGCAAUACUCGGCUCGCGAGCGACGGAUAGGCUGCGAUUUAGACUGACUCCAUGUAUUACUACCUUAUGUUCUCUUUUUUGCUUGUAUCUCUCCGUGUACUGAUUGGCCGUGUACCUCGCGGUCUACACAGUAGCCGUGUACCUCGCGCUCUACACUUUACUACCAUCUCAUCCCUUGAUCUGCUCACAUACUCACUAUGUACGACUAUUCUAGACGAAACUGUAUCCAGCGCGUAGCGACAACCCAACUUCGACUGAUCCGAGUCAAGGGCGCAGACAU